AUGUUCAUAGGGUACUCUGCCGUUCCACCUUGUUCUGUCACUGAUUGGUGGGACAACCUCGGCCAAUCAACAUGGCACUGGGCGACACGACAAUUGCAUGACACUAAAUUGUCUACUCCAAAAAAGUCCAUCAUCCUCUUAUCGGACAAGUCGGUGUGCUCACAAUUUUGGUCUCUUAAUUGCCCCGGAGUAAACCUCGGAGGAGAGGGGCUUGGUGGUAAGGUACAAAAUAACUGUUACACGGGUCAUCUAAGCCCUCUUUCUAUCAACUUCCAGUCGUGUUAUCUUCAGUCUAAAUGGCUCUGGACGUGUGAUGAGGCCCUUGGCAAGUCCUCUGAAAAGGGUUCGAUAAGACUCGUCUCCUUUGAUGCCCGUCUGGUGGGACGUCUCUCGGAUCAAAUCCAAGCGCGGAACUUUGUCAUGAAGAAUCCUACAGCUGGAGUAGCCCACAGUGCUCCGGCGCCUUCAGCUUGCAUAGGCUUGAGUCUGUCGCAUGACCAGCCAUCGCCUCCGUCUAGCUUCGGACAACAGCCUCAAUCACCUGGAGCCAAAGGUACAGAGGAAAAUCGAGCCAAUUCAAGAGAACUGCAACUAGAGCAGAUGAAGGGUGAGGUUGCCACUGUGUGCUCAAGAGCGACGUCUGUCAUGAGGACGAGCAUGGGUUUGGCUGGCCUUCAGGUCAGUUUAAAGAAUGCCUUGAUCGGACUUCUGCCCAAUCAGAGAGACUCACACGUCACCCUCCCGGUUGCUGGAAGCGACGUUGGCAAUGGUGAAAUGACGGAAAAAACAAGUGAAAAUGGCAAAGACAGUCGUACCGGAGUGCAGUGGCACAACCAAAGGGCUGAUCAAUCGACUUUUGAUUCGGAAUGCGGACAUAAACAGGUGGUCUGCAGCCGGGGUACUACUCUCUCGCGUUGGGAGGUGCCGAAAAUGUACAUUCCAAGCAGGCAUAGUAAGUUUACAAUUUGUAGCAUUCAUGAUAUCCUGUCGAAUGAACGCCUUAAAGCAAAAGAUUCGAUGGCCAAUUCCCUUUGGAACCAAGACCAGGGUUGA